AUGUAAUCGUACGCCCCCGCGCGCGCGCUCUCUCUCUCUCUCUCUCUGACAAGUCAAAAGCCUUCUUUACGUUGGACCAAAUCAUUCUCCACGCAAGGACAAACCAUGAGAUGACUACGUUGUUUUCUCGUCUCAAUGCCAUUGCAGUUGAAUUUCUAUUUUUCCAUCUUUCUUCUCCACCCAGUACGCCAACUUAUUAUAAAUUCAGCAUUUUGCAUUGUUUCGACUCCAAAGAUUGUAGCUUUCUGGCAUAGCUAAGAAUUACAGUGAAUCGAAAGGGAAUUAUUAAGGAGGCUAUAGAACAUGUGGAAACUGACUCAACUUGACAAAUAAGAGAAAAAUCCCUUGAUAGUUUGAGGUUUUGAAGAAUACUGAUUCUUUUCAAUGUCCAGGAGAGAAAUGUGGGAUACUCUUUUUGGAAUUGAUUCAAUACUUCAGCUUCCAUUUGUAAGAACUCUGAAGACAGUCAUGGAUGCAGCCAAGAGAAGCAUCUUUGAGGCUGAAAACAAAGAGGAGAUAGAGAAGCAUAACCAGCUAAAACAUAUUCCUGCUAAUGAUUUUCAUGCCGAUCUUGGUCUCCCCAAUGUGGAUCAAUCGAAUAACAUGUCGACUCUAAGUCCAUCAGAUGAAAAAAACAGUGCAGAAAAGGUUAUUUUGUCAGAGGCCGAUAAAACUCAAAAUUCAAUUUGUGCUGUUAUCAACAGAGAGGAUAGCCUUUCAGAAAUUUUUCAUUCCUCACCAUUAAAAGCACCUAUCAAUGAUUUGAGAAAAAAACUUCUUGUUCUUGAUUUGAAUGGGCUGCUAGCAGAUAUAGUUUCUCCUCCGCCAAAGAACUGUGAGGCAGACAUAAACAUUUCAAGACGUGCAGUUUUCAAGAGACCCUUUUGUGUUGAUUUUCUGAGGUUCUGCUUUGAGAGAUUUGAAGUGGGUGUAUGGUCCUCAAGAAACAAGAAAAAUGUGGAAAGAGUGGUUGAUUUUUUGAUGGGAGAUAUGAAGCACAAAUUGCUAUUUUGCUGGGAUCAAUCCCACUGUACUGCUACGCGUUUAAGUACUCUUGAAAACAAGCAUAAGGCCUUGGUAUUUAAGGAAUUAAGGAGAAUUUGGGAGAGGGAUGAUCCUAAUCUUCCUUGGAAGAAAGGAGAUUAUCAUGAAACAAAUACAUUGUUGUUGGAUGAUUCUCCUUACAAAGCUCUGCUUAAUCCUCUGUACACAGCAAUCUUUCCUUGUUCAUACACAUUCCGAGAUAAGAGUGAUAAUUCAUUAGGUCCUGGAGGUGAUCUCAGAAUUUAUCUGGAAGGGCUGGUCCAAGCUGAAAAUGUACAGACAUUUGUAGAGCAACAUCCAUUUGGUCAAAGUGCCAUCACAGAAAGAAGUGAAUCUUGGGACUACUACCUCCUAGCUAUUAAUUCAGUACCUCACUUUCCAUCUACAAUUUAAUGUUAAUCUCAGCAAUUUUGGUACAUAGUUCUGCUGGCUGAACAGAGUGUUGAGCUUAAGCAGAUUAUAGACAUAGUAAAAAGAAAAAAGUUGGGUGGAGGGAGAAAGCAAGUUGGCAUGCUUUUUAAAAUUACCAAUUUUUGCCUGACAUAAUGGAGUAUUCUUUCAUACUAUUACGUCAUAGUAUGCGUUAGUUUUUAUGCGCGUGCAUUUUUUUGGGGAAAAUGGUGGCAUAGAAUGUUGUAAUUGAUCUCAUCGUGGAUCAAUCUUGUGGAGAAACAACCACCAUCUAAUG